AUGCCAAUUCUUGAUGCCGCGCCUAAGUUGCUCCAUGGCCUAACAAAAUACUUAUCGUCAUUGAAUCCUGUUGGAAGUGCGCCCCAUGCCGCAUUUGAUGCACUUAAUACGGUCCUCUCUGUCGUUAUCAUAGAGAAUGUCAGUCUGGCCCAGGAUACCAUCGGCGAUGUUAUACCAACGAUCAAGCGAUAUUGGACGACAAAGUCGGUUAUGCUGAAGGAAGAAAUGCUUUCCACUCUUAUUAUUGGCAAAGAAAUACUUUGCAGAAGAGGCGAAGUUCUCCGGCCAGAAUUGGAUAUCGAGGUUAUUCAAAGCAUAUUGGACCGACUAUACUCUGAAUACACUCGUCUCUCCGAAAGGGAUGGUUUGCAGGUUGAUGAUCUAACAUUCUCCCUUCGCCCUGCUUCUUCACAAAUGGGGAUACAAUUCAUCUCACCAAAUCUAGGGGCAUCUAGAGCUGUUCAGAACUGGACUAUCUUAUCACUUAUUGCAACAUUCUCAAAAUAUGUAGAUGAAUACCACUCAGAAAAGAAUGAGGAUUUAGAGGCUGGAGAAACAUCAAACAAAAAGCAGCACCUGCUCUCGAGGACCGACGAUAUAUUUAGUGAGGCCUCACGGGCUGUCGGUAUGAGCCGUAUUUGCGCCCUACAGCUCAUUCCCUUCAUCCUAUCUGAAGCUGAGCCGGACGUUGGGAGCCUCUCCACAUUGCUUGGACGGCUGAUCACGAACAUACUUGAAGACAACGUUAUGGUUGCAUCUUGGAGUAUUGUCGCCAUUGCAAGCAUCGCCUCCUGUGAGAGUGCCAAAUCGGAAAAGCUUAAAGGGCGAUGGCUUCAAGUUUGGGAAUUGAGCGUGCGAAACAUCUCAUCUCCAGCUACAUCGCGAGCUGUUUGCCACUUAAUGAGUGUUUUCAUGCAUUUCAAGCUGUUACAGUACUCGGAUAUCGUCCAUACUCUAGAUUCGCUCGUCUCCUCAGCGGAUCUAAAUGGUCCAGCUAGUCUAAAUGACUCGGCCUUGUCCCUUUGGGUCAAUGUUUUGGAGCUGUGGUCCCAAUCAAAUGCUACACAGAGCCAAGGCCUUGCAAAACAAGCUUGCGGAUGGCUAAGGAACAAGUGGAUGCUAGAGGUCCUUGCCCCACUCACGCUAUCAUUGAAAGCUCCGUUCGACCCAAAAGACGUUCUUUUAUGCGGGUUGCUCAAGAUGACGGGGCUACUUGUGCCCAUCAUCGAACGGCACAGACUCUCUGAUGAAGUUAAUUCUCAAGCUAGCGAUGCCAUGGAUAUUGAUACAAGCUUUUCGUCGCAAAGGCCUACAACUGCGGAAACAGAUACUCUUUCAAAGGUACAUCGGGGAGACAAUGAGAGCCCAUUAUUCCCUGAUAGCUCGUCAAUCAGGAUUGCAACAUCUAUUCAGCUCUCGGUUAUUCACAAGCUCCGGCUGACUGAUGACACCCCCUUAUCCUUGGACGACCUGGUUACUGGUUAUCUCACGACUUUGACUCAGGCAGACAUCCUCGUGGGCUGGCAGUAUAUCAUUCACCUCUUGAAGAAGUAUUUUGGAGAAAAAUGCCUCGAAUCUUACGACCUUGAGGGAUGCGAGGCUGCAAUUUGUGCCUGCAUUAGUCUAGUGGGGUGCUUUGUAGACCUCUGGACUUCAAAUGAGAGAGACGAUUUAUUCGAAUCGGCUUCUGAGCUCUAUGUGUGGUUCACUGAUGUCCUAUUGGGACAAGGGCUUGGGUCCUCCAAAAUACUUAUUAGGCUUGCAGAUCUGUCAGAAGCAAUCCUACGGGCAAACCCGUCUCAUUCGAGAGAUAGCCAGCAAGCCUCGCCUCGAACAACUCUUUUUAAAAUCCUCCGUGAUGGUGAUCUGGUUGUGAAAUUUCAUAUAUCAAAGUUGAUACCCGAUAUAUUCAGUCGUUUCGUGCUGAAGGAACACGAUGCCAUUCUUGAAGAUGUUAUUGAUAGGCUACCCCAGGAUUCAACAUGGGCCGAAGGUAUUGCAUUACGUCUGUAUCUCUUUGCUCAGCUUGCCUCACGGUGGCAUACACUUCUCCGUCAAAGCAUUUACCGUAUUUUUGAAACGUCCGGGAAUGUUCCGGCGUCCAUCCCCCAUGCCAAAGCCUGCCUUCGGGAGGUUUCUAGGGCACUGGGGCUAAAGGACUCGAGGGAGGUAUUUCAAUUAUUCACACCGCAGAUUCUCUAUACGUGGAUGGAUAAAGAGUCUGUCACGGAUAUCCCAUUUGGAGUGUUUGGCUACCCUACACUCCGUGAACUCCUAGUCGACAUUCAAGAUGAAGUUGUUGGUCAGACUGCCAUGAGGGUGAAAGACGACGAUAAAAAGGCGAUUGAAACAUGUUUGAACAGCUCGUUCGAAGACCUACUUCACGAAUCUUUUUUUAAGGCUGAAGCAUACAGCGUGGCUCGUGACAUUAGUUUACCACCAUCGCAAGAAGCCGGGGCAAAAGGUGCAGAGCGUGCCAUGAUCGAUAUGCUGGGGAAAGAGAAAUUUUUCCAGCUGUCAGAGAAAUUUUUCCCUCAGACUGUUGCCGCUCUGUUCGGAAGUGUUGACCAAACGGAGCAAAUUCAGAGAGCAUUCGAGAAACGACCGUCAUUCCAUCAUGCAUUGAAAGCGUGGAAAGAUAUACACGAGAAGAGUCACUCUACGUCAGCUCUUCCACUUAGCCAACAACCAUGUUUCCGUGCAAAAUAUCUUCUCGAUGAAAUAGAAUUUCUAUGCAAGAGAAGCGGGUUUGAUAUCGAAACGAUGUGGACCCCGUCCUUAGUUUGUUUUGUUGCAAGAACGCUUUUAGAUUCAACACACCCUGCCCUUGGAUCGCUACAUACAUGCGCUGUUAUCCGCAAGCUCCGAAUCUUGGUCUGUGUUGCUGGCCAAAUAGCCCUAUAUGACUAUCCACUCGAAAUGCUCCUACGUGGCCUGAGGCCGUUUCUCACGGAUUUUCAUUGUGCUGAAGACGCAAUAGGACUAGUUUGGUACUUGAUUGAGCGCGGUAGAGCGUAUCUCACUGACAACCCUUCAUUUACCGCUGGUUUGGCGGUUUCAACGCUGGCCUCUCUCCGAGAAUUCUUAUCCGCUCCUCAAGAAAGCACUACUCAAAAGGCUCAUUUUAAAGCAGCUCUCUCCAAGGCCCAUGAAUUUCAUCUUUGGUUUUCAGAGUUCCUAAACAAAUACAGCCCUUCGACCGAGUACAGCCACUCAACCCUUGACGACCCGUCAGCGAAGUCCCUGCGCAAGAUUAUUCAGGCAUCUCAGAAUAUUCAACUCUUGGGGAACGGUAUUAAGGGUACAUACGAAAGCGAGCUUAUUUUGGAGUUAUUAGAGGAUAAAACCUCGGGACGGAACUUGUUAACAGCCCAUACAAGUAAUCUUGUUCUAUCUCAGCUAUGCGAUAACUUCCAAAGGCCAGAUAACUUUCGGGAUGAUAUAUUGGGUGACGAUGAAAUUGCCGCCUCCUAUGCUAUGACUUUAUGGUCCUCUGUCGAAAAUCAAACUCACGGAAAAGGUUAUCGUCUGUGGCUAGCUCGAGCGCUUGGUCGUGCAUAUGCAGCAACGGGCGUAAUAAGCCCAUCAUUUCGAAAAGAACAAAGGUCCGAAUUCUUGAACUACUCGCAUGACGGGUUCCUUGCUGGUUCAAAAAUCGCAAUUCUGCGUAUAUUAUGUGAUUCGCUCUCUAAUAGUAGUGAUCCUGUUGGCCUAGCCGAAAGAACCCUUCAAGUCAUCCUCAACAAACUGUACAAGGAGCCUGAGUUGGCCGAGUGCGUGCAAACUGUUCCGACAACGUCCCUUAAAGCCUUAACAUGGGAGCCUUAUCAGUGCCCAGGGCUUAUAUUCCCACCACCAAAAAUGUCUCCAUUUUUAGCCCUGCCACAGUGGAAUGUAGGUGCAACAGCCUCUGAUUUUGCUCGGCAUCUCGCACUCUUUUUAUGCCACAAAGUGGCUGAUGAUGCAGUCAUCGGAGCUUUGCCCAAGAUCAUCUUUGCUGUUCCAUCUUUUGCUGUCCAACUUCUUCCGUACAUCCUCCAUGAUGUGCUGUUAUCAGAAAUUGACGGUUUUCAAAAGACGAGAAAUGAAGUCUCGGACUUGUUUAAGGAGGCUCUUCAAGACAUAGCUGACUCUAAUCUUCCCCAUAUUCGGCUUAUAAUAACGUGCGUACUUUACCUUCGACACCAGCCUUUACCGCGUGAAGCUACUAUGAGCGAGAGAAAUGGGUGGCUCGAUAUAGACUUUAUGCAAGCAGCGACUGCGGCUACUCGUUGUCAGAUGUAUAAAACAUCACUGCUCUUUUUAGAGAUCUGUAACUCCCAGGUCGCUGGGCCUUCUAGACGAUCGUCUGCAGCGAAGGUAUCUGAGCCAACUGAUUUGCUCCAUUGCAUAUUCAAAAAUAUCGAUGACCCGGACUCUUUUUAUGGUAUCCAGCAAAACCAGACGCUCGACGCUGUACUGAAGAAGUUGGAACACGAGAGUUCCGGGCUCAAAAACUUGUUUUUCCAGAGUGCAAAUUUUGAUACUGACCUCAAGCUUGGGCGCUGUGUGGGCGAUGGGGGGUCGUUUGAAGUGAUUAAAGCACUCAAUUACACAAACCUACAAGGCCUGUCAAGCGCCAUGUUUCGCUCAUCCACACCAACGGGUGCGGGUAGCGAGGCGUUUGACUACAUGCUUUCCACCAAUCUAUAUCUACAGCAAUGGGAUAUUCCAGUCCCUGCAACAACUUCGCCCACCGGAACUCUAUUCAAGUCUCUACAAGCAUUGAAUGGAUUAGAGGACAAGGUGCAAAUAAUAAAGUUUCUUGAUGACUGUUUCCUUGAAGUUAUCGAAUGUCUUAAUCAAGAAAAUCAGUCACUAUCGUCCCUUAAAACUUCUAUGACCACUCUUGGAAUACUCACUGAAAUAGAUGAGAUAGUUGUUUCCAAUGAUACGUCACAGAUGCAAGAGGCAUGGGAUAGGUUAAUAAGCCGUAGCUCGUGGCUAAAACCUGAAAGUUUUCAAGAUAUCAGCCAGAUACUUAUUAGCCGAGAGGCAAUCUUCUCGUCAAUAAGUCGCAAGCCACAUUUGAAGAAGAUAGCGAAUCUAAACUCGAGGGAUGCGCAGUUGCUACAAGCAAAAUGCAUGAGGGAGUCACUCAAAAUCAGUAGAGAGCAUGAAAUAUCCCAGGCGUCUCUCCAGUCAGCGAUGUCAUUAUCAAAACUAGUCCAACCGUGCGCCGAGUUAGGAGUAAAAAUUGAUGCGGCAGCAGCAUUCGACCUUGCAAAUGUUUUAUGGGACCAAGGAGAGAUGACGACGUCAAUCCAAAUUCUACAAAAGCUAAGUAACCAAAAAGAUCUACAAAAACAGACCAUCCCAGUGAGCCCGGCAGAGGUUUUGGCCAGCUUGGGACAUCAUAUUGCCGAAGCAAGACUAGAACAACCAGACGCCAUCAUCCAGAGCUAUCUUGUACCGGCGAUCAAAGAACUAAAGGGCGAAUACAUUGGACCGGAAGCCGGGCUAGUAUUUCACCAAUUCGCGACGUUUUGCGACCAGCAACUACAGAACCCAGACAUGCUAGAAGACUUUAUUAGACUUGAGCAAAUACGAUCUAGAAAGUUGAAAGAGGUAACCGACCUCGAGGAUAUGAUGAAAACGUCCGAAGGGAAAGCGAGAGACCAGUUGCAUAACGAGCUUGCGAAUGAUGCUGUAUCGAAGCAUUUGCCUGAUGUGCCGAGCCGAAAAUUCGCAACAUUGAUGAACCAAUUAUCCUCGAGGCUACUCGAUAUUCCAGAUGCCUUUCAGCCAUUGCUCUCAGCAUUGGUUUUACAAAUUUGCGUUGACCAUCCCUACCAUGGCAUGUAUCACAUAUUCGUUAGCAGCAGGUCAAAGAAAGACAAUGACCCGAAGGCUAUUUCCCGGUACAAUGCAGCUGGGAAGAUCGUGGAUGCAUUGAAAAAGUCAAAGAGAUCUGGGGAAUGGCUAGCCAUUCACAAUACUAGUUUUCAUUACUUAAAUUUUGCUGCGGAAUCAGUGGAUGGAAAAGUGAAAAGCGGUGCUAAGUUGGUGUUGAAGAAGACAAUUUAUGGUACGCGACUACAAAGUGCCAUUUUGAACACAAAAAUUCCGCCGCCAACCAUGACAAUCCCUCUUCGCGCCGAUUGCGAUUAUGCAAAUGUGCCGCAUCUCGUCAGUUUCCAGCCAACCUUUACCAUCGCAUCGGGUGUUAGUGCUCCAAAGAUUGUGACGGCCGUGGCGUCCGAUGGAGGGCGAUAUAAACAACUGUUUAAAUCCGGAAACGAUGACUUACGGCAAGAUGCAAUAAUGGAGCAGACUUUUGAACAAGUCAGCGACCUACUUCGGGACCACAGGGACACUCAACAACGAAAAAUCGGUAUCAGGACAUACAAGGUGCUGCCGCUUGCAUCAAAUUCUGGUAUUAUUGAGUUCGUUCAAAACACAAUGCCUUUAAAUGACUACUUACUGCCAGCGCAUCAGAGGCAUUUCCCGCGAGAUUUGAAACCGAACCAAUGCCGAAAAUUUAUUAACGAUGCGCAAGGAAAGUCUCGAGACCAACGGGUAAAAGCAUAUCGUCAUGUCACUGACCAUUUCCAUCCUGUCAUGAAACAUUUCUUCAUGGAAAAGUUCCCAAACCCAGACGACUGGUUUAGUAAAAGACUAGCUUAUACAAGAAGCACUGCUGCGAUUUCUAUGCUUGGGCAUGUCCUCGGCCUGGGUGAUCGACACGGGCACAAUAUCUUGCUGGAUACAGAAACUGGAGAAGUUGUGCAUAUUGACCUGGGUGUGGCUUUUGAACAAGGGCGUGUUCUACCAAUCCCAGAGGGUGUACCAUUUCGGCUGACUAGAGAUCUUGUGGAUGGCAUGGGGGUUACAAAAAGCGAGGGAGUAUUUCGACGUUGCUGCGAGUUUACUCUUGAAGCUCUCCGUCAAGAGUCAUAUAGCAUAAUGACCAUAUUGGACGUAUUGCGAUACGAUCCACUCUACAGUUGGACACUAUCUCCUCUCAGAAGGAAGAAGAUGCAAGAUGCUCAAGAAGCCGAGAACGGCACAGUUGCUUCCGGGGGAGGCGGGAGAAAGGCAAAUGUCAACGAGCCGAAUGAAGCGGAUAGAGCCUUAACAGUCGUUCGAAAGAAGCUUGGAAAAUCGCUGAGCGUGGCAGCCACAGUGAACGAAUUGAUACAACAGGCUACAGAUGAUCGGAACCUCGCUGUCCUGUAUUGCGGUUGGGCUGCAUAUGUCUAA